GUGCUGAGGGCAGCCCAGGAGAAGGCCGGGAAGAUGGCGGCCUCCUGGAGGCUAGGCCGUGACCCGCGCCUGCUGCGUUGCCUUUUGGGCUUUGGCAGUCGCAGAAGCCCAGAGCUGGUUAAGGGGGCUGCUAGGUGGUCUGUCGGCCGUGGAGCUAGUUGGAGAUGGUUUCACAGUACGCAGUGGCUGCGGGCUGAUCCUAUUAAGAUACUCAUGCCAUCACUGUCUCCUACAAUGGAAGAAGGGAACAUUGUGAAAUGGCUAAAAAAGGAGGGUGAAGCUGUGAGUGCUGGAGAUGCCUUAUGUGAAAUAGAGACUGACAAAGCUGUGGUAACCUUAGAUGCAAGUGAUGAUGGCAUCUUGGCCAAAAUAGUGGUGGCGGAAGGAUCUAAAAAUAUACGGUUGGGUUCACUGAUUGGUUUGCUAGUUGAAGAAGGAGAAGAUUGGAAACAUGUUGAAAUUCCUAAAGAUACAGGUCCUCCACCACCAGCUGUAAAACCAUCAGUGCCUCCCCCCUCACCAGAACCACAGAUUGCUACCCCUGCCAAGAAGGAACACCCACCAGGAAAACUGCAGUUCCGUUUAAGUCCAGCUGCCCGCAAUAUUCUGGAAAAGCACGCACUGGAUGCUAACCAGGGCACAGCCACUGGCCCUCGGGGGAUAUUCACUAAAGAGGAUGCUCUCAGACUGGUCCAGUUGAAACAGACGGGCAAGAUCACUGAACCCAAACCCACCCCAGCCCUGCCAGCCGCUCCCACAGCGCCUUUGCCCCCACAGGCUGCAGCCACACCAUCUUAUCCCCGGCCAAUGAUCCCUCCUGUAUCCACUCCCGGACAACCUAAUGUAGAGGGCACAUUCACUGAAAUCCCAGCUAGCAAUAUUAGAAGGGUUAUUGCCAAGAGAUUAACUGAAUCUAAAAGUACUAUACCUCAUGCAUAUGCUACUACUGAUUGUGACCUUGGAGCUGUCCUAAAAGCUAGACAAAAUCUGGUCAGAGAUGACAUUAAAGUAUCAGUAAACGAUUUUAUCAUCAAGGCAGCAGCUGUUACACUUAAACAAAUGCCUAGUGUUAAUGCAAGCUGGGAUGGAGAGGGUGCAAAGCAACUGCCCUGUGUUGACAUUUCAGUGGCUGUGGCGACAGAUAGAGGUCUAAUUACACCAGUCAUAAAAGAUGCUGCUGCUAAGGGUCUACAGGAGAUUGCUGACUCUGUAAAGGCUCUAUCAAAGAAAGCCAGAGAUGGAAAAUUGUUACCUGAAGAAUACCAAGGAGGAUCUUUUAGUAUUUCCAACUUGGGGAUGUUUGGCAUCGAUGAAUUUACUGCCGUGAUCAACCCUCCUCAGGCCUGCAUUUUGGCGGUAGGGAGAUUCCGACCUGUGCUGAAGCUCACUCAAGAUGAAGAGGGGAAUGCCCAGCUGCGGCAGCGUCAGCUCAUAACGGUCACCAUGUCCAGUGACAGCCGGGUGGUAGACGAUGAACUGGCCACCAGGUUUCUGGAAAGUUUUAAAGCAAACCUGGAGAAUCCUCUCCGACUUGCCUGAUCCUCAAAGAUAAGAAGUUGGUCUUUGGCUUAGUUAAUUGUUUUGCUGUUACUGAGAAACAUACACUAUAGGAAAACAAGUAGGUAUUUAAGUAUGGAGUGGGUGAAAUGUGUAUUUAUUUAAGGUGAAAGGGUUUGACCUGCGUUGCCUUCAUUUUCAUUUGGAUUUGAUGUUAUGGAAGUAAAUAAUAAACUGUAACUAAAAGAAGAGUGAGAACAUUUGGUUAGUCAGAUGCAUCGUUAGUUUAACCACUGGUGCUGUACUAAAGGGAUGUUAAGCUAGAUGUGAAUUAAAUUAGAUGUUUGGCUCAGUGGAGCAUUUUAGGAUAUUUGAGGAUGUAUGAUAAACUGUAAAAUCAAAAAAUUUUAGAACUCUACUUGUGUUGGAAUUAGAAGUGGUCUUCAAAGAGAUACCCAUUAUUGUAUCAGUGGGACCUCACUUUUACAAGCACUGCUCUAGAUAUACUUGAACAAUUUAAUAUGUACAGAUGUUUAUUCUGGAUACUAGUAAAUAAAUAAGAAUCACACUGCAUUAGGGGUUGUGGCAACAUUAUUGAAUUUUUUAUGUAUAUAAAGCCAUAUGUUUUAAAGUGGUUUUUAUCAGUCUUAUUUUACACUUCCAUGACACUGUGAACUUAAAGAAGAAGAAUUUUUUUUAAAAUUAAUGAUGAAAAAAGAAACCAAAAUAUUUGUUUUGAUAAUGAAUUAUAGUUAAAAUAUCUAAAACUUUAGAAAUAAACUGCUCGCUUACCUUCAUACUGAGUUGGAAUAUAUUAAAUCAUGUAAUUUCCUGCCAAACAUUUUAAUU